UACAGUAGAUUAAAGCACUUUGCUUAAAUGUGAUAUGUGUAUAAUCUCCAAUAUGCACAUGCGGAGCGAGCGAGGGAGGGAGGCUGGAAGAGAGAGCGAGAGCAUAGAAAGAGAGCGCUCGGAAAAUUUGAUUGGAUGAAAAAAAAUCAGUAUGCGUUUUAGCUGAAAGGAAGAGUGAGCAGAGCUAUAAAAAGUUUAUCGGGCAGGUAGAGCAACACGAGCUGCGAGGAACAUCUGAUCCCAGGGUGGAAAUUCAAGCAGAGUCUAUAAAGGUGAGGCUGCCACCACAAAGACUGUUAUCUUCUGUUGUUUUGGACCUGAGAGGACACCAAGUCCACAGAGAAUCAGCAUGUCCCUCACUUCCAUCCUGUCGGCUGAAGACAUUGAAAACGCUGUGAAAGACUGUCAAGCCCCAGACUCAUUCUCCCACAAGAAGUUCUUUGGACUAUGUGGCCUCUCCUCCAAGACGCCUCAGGAGAUCCAGAAUGUCUUCCAAAUCCUCGAUGAGGACAACAGCGGCUUCCUGGAGGAAUCGGAGCUGAAGUUUUUCCUGCAGCGGUUUGUCCCGGGAGCAAGAACGCUGACUGAGGCUGAAACCAAAAGCUUCAUCUUGGCGGCGGAUGACGACAGCGACGGAAGGAUCGGAGCAGAGGAAUUCCAGAUGAUGGUUCUGUCCUGAGUCUUGCAUGUGGAUCAGUUUGCUUCCAUUUCCAUUGAUUUUUUUUUUCUUCCAUUGGCUUGUAUUUCAGUGAAUAUUAUAUGCUUAAUUUCCUUCCUAGCACUCAUUAAUCGAGAAUAACUAUUAAAGUUUUUCCUUCAAA